AAACGAUUCAGGACCGGGGCAUUUAUAAAUUGCCGGGAAGAGUUAGGAUUCGUAAUAAGACUCCAAAAUAAUUACGUAUUUUAAUCCAAAUCCGACACAUUAACACACCCCACAUGGUGGCAGCCUGACCGCGGUUCCCUGCAAUCACCGCCAGAAUAUCCGCAUAUUUAAUUCCUCAGAGGAAAAAAAGAAAAAACAAAAACGAAAAAACACAACAAAGUUCUUCUGAUCGGAGUCGGUUGCCUAUUGUUAUACCAAAUUGUUUGUUUUUAAUUCCUUGGAUAAACAUUCAUAAAACCCCGUAAUUAUUUGAUAAAUCUUACCAUAUAUAUUAAACCAGCCAAAAGCCCCUUUACCAGAUAAUUUCAACGGAAUUUUUGAUAACAAUGAAUCGGCUGGCAAUAGUCAUCUUGUUCAUCAUCUCUUCGUUCCUUACACUUUCCGCGGCGGAGCACGGCGACGGUGCCGGCGCUUACGAAAUCCUAAAAUCAUACAACUUUCCGGUGGGUUUGCUCCCCAAGGGUGCAAGGGAAUAUGAUCUGGACGAGAAAACAGGCAAAUUCAAUGCCUAUUUUAACGAUUCCUGCAGCUUUUCCUUGGAGGGUUCGUAUCAAUUGAAGUAUAAAUCAAAGAUCAGUGGGUAUAUUGCUAAAGGGAAGCUUUCUCAGCUCUCUGGAAUUAGCGUUAAGGUUUUGUUUCUGUGGCUCAACAUCGUAGAGGUCGUCAGGAACGGGGAUGAUCUCGAGUUCUCCGUUGGGAUUGCUUCGGCAGAUUUCGCUGUUGAUAAUUUCGAUAUUAUUCCGCAGUGUGGCUGUGGGUUGAAUUGCAACAACGGCGGGCUUCGUCGGACGGAUGAUAAGAAGAUUCUUGGAAGGGCUUCUUUGGUUUCUUCUAUUUAAUGUCGUUUCUGAAUUGGUACACUGAUGGAAUUCUGACUAUUGGAUUGUGUAAUUAUUCCUGGAUUGAUCAAAGUUUCAUACUUUUUAUACGGUUCAUCUUUCUUUUCUUUUCUUUUCUCUUUUUGUUUUAAAAAAAAUGAACUGGAUUAAUGCUUUAGGACUAAUGUGCAUUGCAUUUCUUAUUCACCAUGUUUUGUCUUCGUAAUCUGUUAUUGAGCUGAUUUUCCUCGGUGGUUUCUUCCUAGUCCCUAAUAUUGUUUGUUUCUCUGAUUUCUUGACGUUCUGUGAGAUGCCGUCCUAAUCAUGAUGAGUACUCCCCCAAGUCCUUCCGUAUACAAUAAAAGAAGGUUUUAGUUUCUAUGCUCUUCUUUGUACUCACUAGAGAAAAUAUACUCUUUCUGCAUUUUUAACUUUGAUAUCAUUGUUAUGCGUGUUCUGCUGUAAGACGUAAAUGGGUCUAAGUUGAGGAAACUUUAGUAUAGUUUACCUCAUGUGUAUAGCUUGUAUUUUUGUAAUUAAAGGUUGUGUUAUGUCAAAAAUCACCUUCUGCUAGAGUAAUUACCAGGAACCUUUCCAAUAGAGAUACUGCAAAGGCAAUGUCCGAGUUGAGGAAUUGUGUUUAAGAACUCUUGAAAAGUCGUAAUCGUAUAGGAUUCUUGUUGCAGUGAUGCAAGUAUAAUAGUUGUUUCCGUGUGACCUGGUUAAGUUGUGGAUAUAGUCCAUCCCAUUGGGAAAGAUUGCAUCUUGUGCGGUGUUAUGUGUUCUUGUCGGGUAUUUGUUGUCUUUGUCCUGUUUUGGCAGUAGAAAUAGUCUUUGUUGAGUAAGCUCUUUAACAAGUGAGCAGUGAGCUAUCUUUUCUGAUUCAAGUCGUACACCAGGUUGUAUUAUAAAUGUUCAUUGGCAUGAAUCAUUUUUGGAGCUACCCAUCGUAUAUCUAGUUUUUGCAAAUUAACCUUGUGAUGGCCUGAUCUGUCUCUGAUAAGCUUAUGCAAGAUCGUCGAUUCACUGCAUAUGCAGGGGCUCCUAUGCCCG